CGACCAUGGCCCCGUCGCCACCGUCUCUUUCACGCAAUUCAGAAAAGGUGGCAACCUCCGAACAGCGCAUAUAUACAAAAUUCAUUGAUUUUGUCAACGUAAAACACAUAGCGUAGUGCAUAGCAGCACAUAGCAAAAUAGCGGAGUGCGGAUCGAAAUUAACUGAAUUAGAAACGCUGGUGGGGCAUCUGCAACUGCAAUUGCAAUGCAAACGGUGUGAACGGACGAAAAGGGGCCGCGUUGAAGUCGUACCUGCGUUGCCAAUCAGAACGAACGCUGCUCCCAAUCAGAAAAAUACGGAUACGGUAUACAAGGGGGGUGGGAGCGAAACAAAACGAAACGAAAGGAAAGGCAAGGAAAGGAAAGCAAAAGGUGCAGCAAACGAGUGCAGAAUAGCAACAGGAAAGCGGAAUAUGCAAUAGGCGGUGGGGCCAAUCGGAAAAUGACCAGCGUUGUGCCACUGAUCACGGACUAACGGAGACGCAUCCGGCCGUAAAAUGCCCCGGAACACUUGCAGGCCAAGUGAAUGCGCAGCUAACGGAAGUCAGGAUGAAGUUAACCCGGAGGCGAAUGCCAACAAUAACAACAAUAGCACCAUCAAUGGCGGUGGAGUGCCCAUUGUCAAGCAGGAGUUGGAAGCAGCUCCUCCGGUAUGCCACCGGAAAUCGGAGCGCCGAAGAGUGGCCCGUGACAUCUUCCUGGUCUUUGAAGAGCAGUCCAGCCGGCGGCGGGGGAAGGGUGCGAAAGGAAAGAAUACCCGGGCCAAGCAAAAGUUUGGACACUUGAAGGUGGCCAGCACGCCACGCAUCAACAAGAAUGUGCUACGCGAGAUCAAAACAGAACCAAAGUGCAGUACGGCCGUGGAGCUGCCACCCCUCGCCGUUCCUCCAACUCCACCUCUUGCUCCUAUCCUAUCCCCUGCUCCCACUCCCGCUACAGCUCCCACUCUCGCUCCAGCUCCCACUCCCACUCCAGCUCCUCUUCCUCCAGUGACUCGUACGCCCGUAAUCCCUCCUGUACCGAACAUAGAACCAGCCAAAUCCUUGCCGCAGACUGCUGCCGUGAAAAUUGAAACCAAAACAACAGCUCCAGCACCAAGAAGAAUCAGCCCAAAGCUCAGGGCCCAAUCCAAAGUCCAGGAGGUGACGACAGUGCCGCCGGAACCGCCGGCUGUCAUUCCCACUCCUGCACCAUUUCCGAAUCCCACUGCAACUCCUGUCAGCGCUCCCCCAUCCGAGGCAUCGCCCGCAACGCCCAGCGUCAAUCCCAUUUUUCUGUGGGUCAAGCAGGACGAUACCCGGAUCGUGGAGGUGCGCUGCGAGGACUACGACAAGAGAAACCGGAUACGUUUGACAAAGACUACGAACGGCUGGCGGUCCAUGCCGCGCACAGAUGCUUCCUCGACUAGGAUAGUGAAGUUCUUCCACGGCACCAGCGCCCCGCUGAUGAAGGUGAAGCGAGAGCACCACCAGCACCAGGCCCAGGAGGCGGAGGAGGAGGAAGAGGAGCACCACGAACAGCAAGAAAACCAGGAGGAGCUGGAGCAGCACUUGGAGGAGACCCAGCCGGAGCAGCAGCUGUCCGGCAUUGCCCAGAAUCUGCUGCACGACUGGGAGGACAGUGGCACCCAGCUCCCGGACGAGGUGGACGAGGAGGAGGAUCAGGAGCAGGAACAGUUCGAGAACGGCCAUCUAACCGCGGUUAUCGAGGAUGUGGUGGUGCUACCACCGAACCAGCAACCCGAACCACAUACCCCGGAGCCCACGCCCUGUUUUGACGGAUUGCUGGACAGCGAAGAGACCAACGCCUCCACCAAGGCCACAAAGACCAACACUCCCACAUAUCAGAGCUCCACUCCAUCGCCCAUGGAGCUGCAGCUGUGCCCCAAGACUGGCCUGUUCCUGCCCAAGGGGGAUGUCGCCUUGGUUCAAGCCACCGCGGAGGCGUCUCCCGUCGAUGCGGACCAGGACAAGCCACUGGCUGCCGGGGGACACGAUUCUGUGGAGAGCCUCGAUGCGAAUACCAAGAACUUGAAGGAUCUGCUGGACGACGCCGAUGAUUUGCUCCAGAACUGCAGCAGCGACAACGGGAGCAGUGGGGCCGACCUGCUCGACUCGCUGGUGAAGCGCAGCUGCGAGGACAAUCUCGUCCAGGAGAGCAGCACCAGUGCCGAGAACAACCAGCGGAAUUCCACAUCAACGUCCGACGAACUGAGCUCCUUCUGCGUGCCGGAUCUCGGCAAGGACCUGCCGAGCAUUCUCAACAUGGACAGCGACGAUGCCCCGAAGUGCUUGUCCUUCAACGAGGCCGGCGAGAUCGAGGGCCUGAACGGGGAGCUCUUCCUGGGGAUCGAAGCCUUCGAGAAGCAACAGGAUGCUGCGGAUAGGGAACCUCAUCCGCCUACUCCGGCCACGGUGGAGCUGACCCAAACGCCCACGCCGACUCCCACACCGGAGAAGGAAAAGGAGCAGCCAGCGGGCGAAGCAAAUCCCGAGGAGGCGCCUAAGGAUCUAAGCUAUAAGAAACGGGAGGAGGUGUGUCCACCAUCGGAGUCUCGCAGCCAGUGUGCCGUGACCUCCAGCUCGGACAUACUGAAGUCUCCGGAGCGGGAACUCCAACUGCCGGCCAACUCCAUACCGGCAGAGGUGGAGACCACGUCGGAGACCAUCAAGAACCUCAUCCUUGAGCAGUUCCUCAAGCUGAACAGCAAUCCCCAGCAGGCGGAGCCCAUGGACCUGGGCAAAGUGGGACGAGAGGGCAAGCUGGAGACCGUAGUUAUCGAUGAUGAGGAGGGAGAGGACUCCAGCCAGCCGCUGAAGAAGCGCCCGAAGGCCAGUAUCAAGAUGGACAAGGAUCCGGACCCACUAACCCAGCUGAAGAUGCUGAUCAGCAAUCCGCAGUGGAAGGUGCCCGAUCCUAUACUCGUGCCAAAGGAUCGGCUUGGCGCUGUGCUGGCUUCGCCGGCCCGCGAGAUUCCCCUGCUGCUAACCACCAGGCCAGAGCUAAGGCUGCCGGAGGCAUUUGCCUACCCGGAGAUCAUCCAGAAUCCGAAUAUCCUUGUGGUGACCAUGGAACAGCUGGAGGCUAUUCUCAAAACGGAAGCGGAGCAGACGGCAAAGAUACCAAAGGAACCCGAUCCGGUGGUAAUGGUGCCCAGCAAAGCCCGAAGUCCCAGUCCGAAGCAAUCACUACCAAAAUCCGUGCCUAUCCAGCCCAAGCCUCCAGCCGUAGCAGUACCUCCCGUGGCUCCCACUCCUCCAUCGCCAGCGGACUCGAGUCUCUCAACGGAUCUAAACGCCACCACUCUGGCGCUGCUCCAGCAGAUGCUGUGGAUGCCCUACUUUGGGCAGCUGUCGCAGGAGUUCUUCAAGACCAUGAAGGAUCCCCUGGGACUCCAGCGAAAGUUUAUGAGCAAUCUCCUUCCGCUGUACAACAGCCAGUUCGGAUUGCAGCACUUGGACGAGCUGUACAAGCAUUGCAUGAAACAGAAGCCCGCGGAGGAGCAACAGCCUAAGGUGCCCACUCCGGCGCCUCCCCCAGCGACAGCUCCCGCUCCUGCUCCUGCUCCUGCUCCUGUUCCUGCUUCUCCCUCAACAACGGCUGCAGCAUCCAAUCCGUUCAAUGGGUUUACCAAUCCCGUUGAGAUGGCACUCAUGCAGAAGCUCCUGCAGCCACAGUUGCCGCAGUUCCUCAACUGGGAGGCCAGCAAAGAGACGUCUUCUUCGUCGUCCAGCACAUCGCAUCACCACCAGGAGCACAAACGUCCCAGGCGGGAACCAGAAGCGGACUUCAACAAGUCCAAGCAGGCCCCAGUGGCAAACACCAGUACUCCUGUUCCGCCUUCAGCUGCUCCGGCAGCCACAGCACCUGCCGCUGCCCCUGCGCCCGCAGAGCACAAACCCCGACUGACCAUCAAAUCACUUUCGAAUCUUUUGGAGCCAGAGGCCAACGUGGUGCCCCUGCUCAACGUGCCCUUCGACAGGAUGCGCAACCAGCCUUCCAUGCACAAAUCGGUUCCAGACCAAGCCAAGGACUCUGGAACUGGACGAACACUGAGAUCCAGCAAGGCGUGUGUCACCUAUAACCCCCUGGAGCAGGCCAAGCAGCAGCAGAUGCACACCACUGCCGGGUCGCAGCAUCAGCGGAAGCGCGGCAACAUGCUGCCCCAGGAUGUCCAGCAGCAGCACCUGUCAGAGGCGGCGGCGGCGGCAGCAGCAGCCGGAGCUGGCGGAAUGGACGCAAACUCGGCAUUGUGGCAUCCUCUCUUCGGCAGCAAUCCCAAGCAAGGCUACAACAGCCCCUGGCAGUGGACCACGGUGACGGCCACCGGCGAAUGACAGUCAAGCCGGGCUCAAAAGGAGCCAGCACCUGCAGCGGGACCGGUAUCAGGAUCAAGGACAACCAGCUACGAGGAGCAGCAGCAGCAGGAUUAUAACUACCAUGCCGCUAAGCAGCAACAGCAACAGCAGCAGCAGCAGUCUCAGCAACAGCAACCACCACUUCCAGCAGCCAACAAUCAAAACCAUAGCAACAAUAGCAGCAACAAGUAUUGUUAUCCCACGGCGGCGGCCAUGGAGAACAUGUUCCAGAGCAAUCAGAUGGCAGCCGCCGCCGCCGCUCGCGAAUCGCUGCUCAAUUCGUAUCUGUAUCAGAAGGAUGGAGAUUAUAUGUCGGAGCAGGGCUACUGGCAGCAGCAUCAGCAUCAACAACAGCAGCAACAGCAACAGCAUCACCAGCAGCAACAUCAGCAGAACCAGCAGCAACAUCAACAACAUCAGCAACAGAAACACCUACAGCAGCAACAGCAACAGCAGCAGCAGCAGCAAUGGCCCGGCAACAGCAACCAAAGGGGAAGCAACUACGCCAACAACUAUGCUGCUGCCGCUGCUGCAUCCAUGUACAUGCAACAUUUCAAUCCCUACAUGCAACAGAAAGCAGCACUGUUGGCGGAGAAGCUGCAGAACAGCACCGGGAGCAACAAGCACGGACGCUUUGGCGGCGACUACGGCUAGAAACUAGGGGGAGACUAUGGGACAGACUAGCCCAGACUGCGACACUUGCAUAUUAAACAUAAACGUAUAAGGCAUAUAUGUAUAACACUUGUGUGUAAUAUUAACUACAAGUAUAUAUAGACAUAUAUAUAUAGAGGCAUCGUAUUGGCCGUUUUACCGCCAGGAAUUGGUAAAGGAUAAAUCAUGAUUUUCCUUUAAUUUAAUACACAGGAAUAGUAACAACAAGGUAACCCGAAAGCAACAACAAUAAUUUAUAAACAAAAAACACAAAAGAUGAUGAAACUUAAAUUGAAUUAGUAAAAAUUUGUUAUUGGUAG